AUGUGGCUGGCUCUAGCUCUGACGUCUGUGGUCCAUGGGAUGGUAUCUGUGCAAUGUGUUUUUAAUUUUCCAUGUUCUAAGAAUCCAGAAGCACGGAUGAACGUUAGUGAAAUGAUCUCCUUCUGGGGAUACCCCAGUGAGGAGUAUGAUGUGGUGACGGAAGAUGGCUAUAUCCUUCAGAUUAACAGAAUUCCUCAUGGGAGAGGAAAUGCUGGAAGCCAAGGUCCAAGACUCAUCGCAUUUCUGCAGCACGGAUUGUUUGGAGAAGGCAGCAUAUGGGUUACCAAUUUGGCCAACAACAGCCUGGGCUUCAUUCUCGCAGAUGCUGGCUAUGAUGUUUGGAUAGGCAACAGCAGAGGGAACACUUGGUCCAAGCGACAUCUGGUCCUAUCUCCCAAAUGGGAGGAAUUCUGGGCCUUCAGCUUUGAUGAAAUGGCUAAAUAUGACCUCCCAGCAAUUAUAAACUUUAUUGAACAGAAAACGGGACAGAAGCAGUUAUAUUACAUUGGUCAUUCGCAAGGCACCACUAUAGCUUUUAUAGCCUUUUCCACUAUGCCUCAGCUGGCUCAGAAAAUCAAGAUGUACUUUGCUUUAGCACCUGUGGCUACAGUUAUAUUUGUUCGAAGUCCAUUGAAAAAGCUCGCAUUCUUUUCUGACUAUGGGCUUAAGGAGAUGUUUGGCACCAAAGAGUUCCUACCGCACACUGCCUUGGGUGAGCUGGUCCUUUCCAAAUUCUGUGCCCGCUCAAAGACCUGCAAGAGCAUCUUGUCUAUGCUCUUUGGAUUUAACUGGAAGAACGUAAAUAUGAGCCGAGUAGAUGUGUACGCGGCGCACUCUCCAGCAGGGACUUCAGUACAAAAUGUAAUCCACUGGUUGCAGGGAGUUCAAAGCGGUGCGCUGAGAGCUUAUGAUGGGGGGAGCAUGUACAACAGUCUUCGCUAUAGACAGAUGGGUCCGCCACACUACAACGUGAAGGACAUGAAAGUGCCAACAGCCAUCUGGAGCGGUGGAGUGGACUGCCUGGCUGAUCCCCGGGACGUCACCCUCCUGCUCCCCCAGGUCAGGAACCUGGUCCACCACAAAGUGAUUCCCCAGUGGAACCACCUUGAUUUCGUACUGGGGCUCGAUGCAACCGAGGUUUUGUACCAGGACAUCGUCGACAUGAUGAAGAGGCAUCCGUAA